UUAGCCUAACAGAAUUGUGGCCAAGGGUCCUUCAUUGUGUUGUUGUUUCUCAUCCCAAUUUGUUUUGCUCUUCUGUGUUGUUCCUUUCAUUGUUCUGCUGCAAUCUGCAACUCUGUCGGUGCUCCUUGUGGUCAGACCCCCACCCCCAAAACCACCCAAUUUAUGCACCUCCCCUUCCUUCCCUCUAUUGAAUCCUUAGGAAAAAGAAGGGGAAAAAAACCCCAAGACUUAUCUCAGUCUAUCUUGGUUUGGUUUGCUUCUAGGACUGGAAAAAGGUCGUUAAUUUUUACAUCCUUGUUUCUUGGCUUGCUUGGUUGGGCAUGACUUCAUGGUGACAUGACAUGAUCAUAUUCUCUAAUGACCAUGAGGAAUUCAAUUAAUUCAUGUCCUCUUUGCACCACUACACUGGUUGUUUUGGUCCUAUAUCUUCUUCUCUCUCCAGCCUCUUGCUUCAACCAGCAGAAACAACAGCCUCCAAGUUCUGAUCCUGGGGGGUGGUUGUUUGAGGAGAAAAGUAGGCUGGGAUCGACCCCUCCGAGCUGCCACAACAAGUGCAACGAGUGCCACCCAUGCAUGGCGGUUCAGGUGCCUACCACACCAGGCAACACCAACGCGCUCAAACUUCCUGCUGCUGCUGCUGGUUUGAGUCGUCUGGCUCGGGCCGCUCCCAUGGAGUUCUUUGACGCAUCACCUCGAGGCAACAGCUACACCAAUUACAAGCCUUUGGGUUGGAAAUGCCGCUGCCAAAACCAUCUAUUCAACCCAUAGACAAAGUUGCAAACCAAGUUUUCAUGUCAAAAUGGCCUAGAGCCAUUAAUCCUCAUCUCCUUUUUUUUUUUUUUUUUUUGAAAUGUGUAGUUUUUAUCUAAGAGGAUAAUCGAAAUUCCUCUUCUUUUUUUCCCUUUUCGAAAAACAGGACAUGUCAAUGGUAUCAGCAUAACCUGUAUACACUGAAAUCUUAUACAAUGAAAUCUGAAUUUGUAUUUA